UUUAAGAACUUGGCUGCCGGCAAGGCCCAGUCAGACGAGGCACAGCUGUUCGUCUAUACGCCAUACGAGGUUCAGCUAUGUGGCCCUAAGCCUCCAGAUGAAUUACAUACGCGGUGGCCAGACUUGGUGAGUGUCUACACUCAGGCUGUCAUAAGCCAAUUGGUCAUGGAUGAUGACGGUGAGGACGCCGACGACGGAGCUGCUGCAGAUGACGGUUGUGAUGGCGAUACCAGUUAUCAUGUUGGUGGAGGAAAAUUGCCUGUGGCUCUGAUUGACCACAAUUUAGACCCAGGAGGAGAUGAUGCACGAGCCAUGGAUCGGCAACUCGAAGGACAGUCUAGGACUGAAUCUCCUGAACAGGUCCAUAUCAGGCCAGAGCUUCUCCCUAUGGGACUUGAUGAAGACAUCCCAGGCCAACCGACUGAAAUGUCUAUUGAUACGUUGGCGGGCGAAAGUCAGCCUGAUUCCAGUGGGACGGAGGCUAUUCACGAGACGGAGGUAGAUAUGGAUCCCCAGUCGGGUCCAAGAAAGCCAAUUUCAGGCAUGUCUUACUUGCUUUCCAAAGGCGCUUGUGGCAUCUCGCAUACUACCUUUCUCGGCCGAUGCCUUGAGGAAGGCAGGAAUGGACUUUUUAUUCUGGACGACGAGGAUUCGGUCUCUAUAUUUGUCUGA